GACUCGAGGGAAGGAGUGCGGUCCGGGCGCGACGCCGACCGUCUCAAUAUAACCGCGUAUACGUAAAAUCCGACAAUCCGUCAAUGUUAGAGCCGCCAGAGGAGAUCCUAUUCUCUACUUGCCCUAUAUUGUGUAUACCAGAUUUUAAAAUACGAUAAUUAAAAGUGCAUCGCUGGAGCGGAGAGGCACUGAGAGAGAGAGAGAGAGAGAGCCGAACGAGGAUAGAAGUGCAUCGCCAAGCGGGAAGGUAAGCGUGCUACGGUGCGGGAGCGAGCGAGAGCGACAGAGAGAGAAGGAGACAGGAAAACGGGACGGAACGGAGCGGAGUUAAAAGCGCCGUACGACACGCAGAAGGACAAAGACCGCGGCGUUGGCAUAACCUCCAAGUCGUCGAUCGUUCGCGCCGCGCGUUUUGGGGAUCGUUGCGCGAGUCCAAGUCACGAGGUGUUCGUCACUACGAGGAUAGAGAAAGGGAGAGAAUAUAUUUUUACAAGUGUGCAACGCGCGCCUUCUACUAGAGCGACGAUUCAGGCACGUAUCUGGGAAAGAGAAGAGGAGAUUGGAGAGAGAGAGAAAGCACGUGCAUCAUCAACAUCCGGCCAGCGGCAACGUCCGUCGAGCUAGAAGGUAGUCGGUAGAUUGUGAAGGUUGGAUUUAUUCAAUUUUGUUACGCGUUCUUUCGCGACACCUGGUAUACGAUUAUAACGCGUAGAUAAAUUCGUUACGUGCGUGUAGUGCGACACGAAUGCGCGCUCCGUCAGUCGGUCACGUCUGGGCGCCACGACGUAGCGGAUAUAAAUAAAUAAAAAAAAAAGAAAUAAAUAAAGAGGAGGCCCCCAAGGCGACACACGUCACGCGUGCACGUAUACACACGACACACGUCCGUGCGUACGGCAUCGCGAAGCACGCGAACGGGAGUGAAGUAGCGCGAGCAUUCGGUUGAUGGAUGAGACUGGCAGGAUGCUGCAACACGGAGGAUCAGGUGUGGGUUUGAUGGGUGGAAACCAGGGCCAGGCAGCCCAGAACACCGCCGGCUACGGCAGCAUGGGCCCGGUCGACGGCACUGCGGCUCAAGGCCCCGAUCAGGCGGUCGAGGCCAGGAAACAGGACAUCGGCGAGAUCCUACAGCAGAUCAUGAACAUCACGGACCAGAGCCUGGACGAGGCGCAAGCGAGAAAACACACCCUCAACUGCCACAGGAUGAAGCCCGCCCUGUUUUCGGUGCUCUGCGAGAUCAAGGAGAAGACAGUUUUGUCACUGAGAAACACGCAAGAAGAGGAGCCGCCAGACCCGCAACUAAUGAGGCUGGACAACAUGCUGAUCGCCGAGGGAGUCGCUGGACCAGAGAAGGGCGGUGGUGCGGGGGCCGCUGCAUCGGCAUCCGCGGCAGCUGCGGCUGGUCCACCCGGGCAACCGGACAACGCGAUCGAGCAUUCGGACUAUAGGGCUAAACUUGCUCAGAUUAGGCAAAUUUAUCAUCAAGAACUAGAAAAAUACGAGCAGGCUUGUAACGAAUUCACUACUCACGUAAUGAACUUGUUGAGGGAACAAAGUCGUACCAGGCCGAUUACGCCUAAAGAAAUUGAAAGGAUGGUUCAGAUUAUUCACAAGAAAUUCUCCAGCAUCCAAAUGCAGCUGAAACAGUCUACUUGCGAAGCAGUGAUGAUCCUGAGGAGUCGAUUUUUGGAUGCCAGACGUAAAAGAAGAAAUUUCAGCAAACAGGCGUCCGAAAUUCUGAACGAAUACUUUUAUUCUCAUCUUAGUAAUCCCUAUCCAAGUGAAGAGGCCAAGGAAGAGCUCGCACGAAAAUGCGGAAUUACCGUGAGUCAGGUGUCCAAUUGGUUCGGAAAUAAGAGGAUACGCUAUAAGAAGAACAUCGGUAAAGCGCAAGAGGAAGCGAAUCUGUACGCAGCCAAGAAGGCAGCUGCAGCUUUUGCAGGAGCAUCGCCGUACAGUAUGGGCGGUGCCAGCCAAGGCACCCCGACGCCGAUGAUGUCGCCGGCGCCGCCCGGAGGACCGCAGGACAUGGCCGGAUACAGCAUGGGAAUAAACGGCAGCGACUACGGUUCGCAGCCGUACAACGAUGGCUCUAUGGGAUACGACCCCAUGCAUCAGAAGGAAGAAGGAUACGUGCGGACGUACGCGUGGACCGUCCGAGCUCAUCGCAGAAGGCAGGUGGCAAGCUCGGAACUCGGAAGAUGACGGAGCGAUUAAGUCGAGCGAUCGUCUGGCUGUUGUUUGUUAUCAACAAAUGUAUACGCGAGCGUAUCUCCGUGCUCGGGAUCGAAGAGAAUCAUCGGUCGUGAAACGUAUCAAACGCGUCUCCGUUCACGUAUCCUUUGUUAUCCGGACUCGGCCUUAUCAAGCAAUUUUUCGCGAGAGAUCUGUGCACAGAGCGGACGAGCAAAGUGAACGGAAAGAAAAAAAAAAAUACGCGAGCGACAAAGGCGUAGGUCAGUGUGCUCUCCUUACGGCGGAAGUUCGUUUCUCUGAAGACAAUAGGUCGACGUACACGCGUCUAGCUAGGGAGAGAGCGUACACAGACCAAUCACAUUUACAACUGCUACAACAUUAACAAGGACGUUAACAGCGGCGUUUCCAAGCUUCUCUAAUUGUAAGAUUCUAUUGUUAAGACCAAAAGUAUUCCAUCAUUAUUUUAUUGUACGACGUGAAAUAAUUGUGACAUCAUCGGCACCGAGAAUGUUUUUACUUUUUUGUAGUUUUAUUAUUAUUAUUUUUUUUAAUAAAUUUAAUUGAUUUUUUUAAUCAACUUGUGAAGACCCGUUUAGAGACUGCAGUUUAUUUUGGAAACGCUGUGCGUAAAUAUCAUUUUUCACAACAUAUGAACACGACUCUUACGUUAAUGUCUUGUUACUCGUUCCCGACAUGUUAAUCUUAUUCUUAUGUAAUGCUGGCGAAUGUCUUUUACGUUCAAACACAGUCUGAAUCCCGUACCCUUUAUUUUCUAAGUUGAGCUUUAAAAUGCAAUCACGAUCCUUUGCACGUUGCGUACGCUGAGAGGUUCGAACUCGCUGAGGAAAUAAAAGUCGACUUUCUGUUUCAGUCAACGUGAUGCUACAAAUGAUCAGUUAGUAAAAUUUUUUCUUCUAAAUUGGUCAACGAAAUGUUUCAAAGUCUUUGUAGUGACGUUUUAACUUACACCCUUAGUCACAAGGGAUCCGCGAAAAGUUGUUUAAAAAAAUAUAUUUAGGCUGGCAUUCAUAGUCGAUUCUUAUUUCAAAAUCGACUUAAAUAAUUUAAUAUCUAACGAGCUUUCUAUAAUAAGCUAUUAACUAAGUUUUGAGCCUUAAGCCGCAAGAAAUUGACUGAUCAUAGUCGAUUAUUCUUCUUACAUUCGACUGUGAUUGGUCAAUUUCUUACAGCUUAAGACUUAAAGCUUAUUGUUGAAAGUCCAUUAAGAUGAUAAUACGGCUUAUGACUUAUCUUAAGACUGUACUUAAAUAUAAAAACCGACUAUGAAUACCAGCCUAAUUCCUCCAUUUCCACCAAUGUAGAUUAACUUUAAUCUCAACUUAUUCUUCGUCUUUUUCUACCUUUAGAACUGGAGGAAGACGAAGAGCAAGUGGAACCGAGAUUAAAGUAAAUCUACAUUGGUGGAAACGGGCAUAAGAGUUGAUUCUUAAACUUGCGUUAAUUUUAUACUUGUGUCAAUAACAGUUGGACGACUCUAAUAUAAAAAAAGUUCUGAAAAGAGAAUUCUUAGAAUUUGCUCUCGAGAUACGUUCCCAAGAAUCAAAGUUCUUGGAACGCAUGUGUCUCCACCGUAGAAAAACUUCGACGUAGCUCGGACUGGCUCGGAGUUUCAAACUUAUCGGCCUAUUUCUAAUCGCUCGCGUCUCGAAUUCGACAACGCGGGGCAAAUUGAUCAAGGAUUGCGAUUGCUUUGGAAAAUUGAUGUGCAUGACUGUAUUUUCGCGAACGAAUCGCUUAAAUUUUUUCCCUUCCCCAUCCCCAUUUUUCUUUUUUGUAAUUGCGCUACCGAGCACGAAAGUUUCAUUAAAUUUAUUUAUCUCCAAUUAUCCCUUCGUCUUUAUCGAUUUUAUCACCCACGACACAACACACACGUACACAUAUAGAAUGUUGAAUCCGAAAUCGACAGCGAAAAAGGCCUUUAAAAAAAAAAGAGAGAGAAGUCGAUCGUCCGGUUUUCAUGACGUCGACGAACAAAAAUCCUAAGCGCGGCCGAUCAAUCGGAUUCGACACGUGAUUGCGCCUGUCUACCCUUAGUUGGCCGUACGUACGUAGGUACAUAUGUAUUGUGUAUACGUAUAUAUAUAUAUAUAUAUACAUGUGUAUAAAAAAAAUAUAUAUAUUAUAUAUACAUUCUAUACUUUCGUAUAUCUGUAUACCUCGCACGCUAUUCCGCGUGCGGCGGGAAAAGAGAUCUCUUGUUGUAACGAACCGAGCAGAGGACACACGAGGAUUGCGUUUCGAAUGAACAAAAAAAAAAGAAAGAAAGAGAGAAAGAUACGUGAGCGCGCGCGCGUGCACAGUUGCCUGAGGACAAGUCGGGAUACCCGGUACUUUCCUGGAUAAACGAAACAGUUCGUUCGCCGCGGAUGUAUACGUCUGCAUCGAGUCGGAAUCGUUUGCGAGAACGUUUCCGACGACGAGGAGAGAUAGGUCCCUCUUGCGAAUCUUCUCGGACGAUCUUUUUUCACGCCACUGUGAAUUCGCGCGCGUACACGAUGCCGGAUGCUGUUUGCUUUCAGGAGCUGUCGCCUUGAAAUCCUUAGGAGAAACGCAGGAAGAACGCAUACUGACAAAACUUAAAGAAAAAAAAAAAAAAAGAAAGAAAGCGAAAGAGAGAGAA